AUGAAGCCCGACAAGCCGACGACGGCACCAGCAAGAGACCGAGACAUUUUGCGCGCCCGUAACACGAGACCGCUAAAGCCUCCUGGACAACCAUCUUCAUCAUCCUCUUCAUCAUCAAGUACGAGCGACCAGGCGGCGGGGUCGUCAAGUGGUGAACCUGCGUCAGCGUCAGAAGCGUCAGCCUCAACAGAUGUAUCAGGUGUCAGCAACUCGUCAGGGGGGUCGGAGAUGCGGGUGUACCUGGAUAAGCUGCGUGAGUUAGUGCCAUAUGUGCCUCGCUCUGGCAGACUGUCCAAGGUUCAGCUCAUCCACUCCGCCAUCGACUACAUCACCGAUCUGCAGGAAUCCCUAGAGGCACGAGCACGUAGGAAGCUGCGAGACAAGCAAGACCAGGCAUCGAGACCACCGCUGGCAGCCCUCCCUCAGCCAGCCGGAGGCAGCAGUAGCAGCAGCAGGAUAAGCACCAGCUGGCUGCCACCAGACCUAGAUGUUAACAGCAGUCACUCAGCGGCACUCAACCUGUCCACCGCAACACUGGCAGCCAACACUGUCACCACCACUAGCAGCAGAGCGCAGCUUAGUCCUGCAGUACUUACACCGGAUGAACAUCCCUAUUUACCCCUAGUAACAGACGCUAUAACUAGGAGUACUCGCAGCCACGGCAGUGCUAGCAGCAGCAGCAGCAGCAGUAGUAGUAGUAGCAGCGGCGGCAGUAGUGCCACUACCCCGGCCUCUCCUGGACCACCUUUGAAUCCGAGUUAG